AUGUCGAUCGACAGCGCUCUCCUGGAGGACGCCAGCUCUUCCCAUAGGAUCUACAUUGGCGACUCGAUUGGCUGUCUUCGUGUCGCUCAGUGCGAUCCACCCUCGGCGCUACCAAACGAUUUCGCAGGACCCUCGGUCAAGCCGCUCGUCCUGCCCAACUUCAAGUCGCACUCUGACCACGCUGUGCAGCGUAUAGCUACCGGUGUGCUCGACGACAAGGUCUACGUUGUCGCUCUGGCCCGCAAGAAUGCCACCGUCGAUGUCGUUCACAUCAUCAACCAGUCCUUGCCAUCGACCAGCACGGCACAACCUGCAGAAGUGUCGGAGUUGCGAGCCAGCAUCCUCUGCACCAUCCACGAGACUCAGAUGAAGGCGGGAAUUCAUCGGUUCAUCGGUCUCGCUGUUGGAUCGCAGGGUGUGUAUUCGCUCACCUCAUCGGGCAUCUUCCGGUUCACCCCCAUUGCCGUCACUGGCCACGGCCCGGAGACUGUUGGCGAGCCAGAGGAAGCCAAGGUCCUGGACCACCUCCCUUCGCCCCUCCAGCACGCCAGCUUCUACCCAGCCUCCAACCCGACCCACUUCUGCUACGGCGGAGAAGACAUCCCCCUCUCGCUUUGGCACAUUCCCACCGCUGUCUCCGAGCAACCCACCGAGUCGGUCGCCGACAUGAGCAUGGAAUCGCUCAAGACCGAAGACCUCUCUGGACUCAACAGCAAACAGCGAAAACGCAAACGUCAGCUCGAGGCCAAGUCCAAAGCACGCGAGUUAGUGUGGGGAGAAGUGUGGCGUGCCAAGAACCUGCCCAACGACAACCUCUCCCUGCCUCGACGCGCCAAUAUCACGGCUACAUGCAUCCUGCAGCUCAACCACAGCACGGCCGAGGAUGCCGAAUCAGGUGCUGUAGAUGGAGAAAGCUUCAUUGCCGUGGGAACCAAGGAUGGUCUGUUGCGCAUCUUCCAACCGGGCGCGGGCAGCCGAAAGCACAUUCGCGAGAUCCGCGUCGUUCCUACGGGCCAAGGGGCGAUCAAGACGCUCUGUGCCUCCUCGGCGCCUCAAGAUGGCCAGCGGGGCGGGCUGCUGUUCGUCGGUGACACCGGGUCCAAACUGUACGCUGUCGACUGGCAGACAGGCGCAGUGGUGUACGGAUACAAGGGGAUGGCUCAGGUCGGUGCCACACUUUCUAUGGCCGUUCUCCCUCAAACGCGCAAGCCGAGCCACCCAGAAGCACUCGUCACUGUGUCUUCGGACAGCUUGGUCCGCCUGCACUCGACGGUGCCGGCAUCGCAGGCUGUGCCCAAGGCUGGCGCCUCUGCCGAAAAGGGCCAAGUGCUGUGGAGCAGGAUGAUCGCAAACCCGAGUAGUCAGACCGUGCACGCGACGCCAACGGCGGUAGUGUGGGAUGGCGUUAUGCCUCCUUCUCUGAACAAGCGCAGAGUUGCUGGUGAGGACGCCGACGGUGCGGAAGUGGAAGAGGAAGAGGACGAGGAGGACGAGGUGUGGGCGACGAUGCAAGCAGUGAGCGAGAAUGGUCGCGCAAGUCGGAAGAAGAACGGAUCCGUAGAGGGUGAUGCUGAGGAUGAGGACAACGAGGAUGAGGAUGAGGACGAGGAGGAACAGGAGAAACAAGGAGCAGCACGAAGCGGUUCCGGUAAAGCUAAACGCACGAGCAAACCGGCGCAGUCGAAAAAGAGUCGCACGUGA